GGGCCCCUGCCGCGCAAAUAGGGGGCGGGGCGGGCUCGGCGGGGGCGGGGCUCGGCGGGGGCGGGGCCUCUGCCGCACAAGCUGUACGCUGGUCCCGGCGGCUGCAAUUUCGCGCCAAAAGACUCCAGCGUGCGGGCUGCGGAGCAGGCGAUCGCCGCCGCCGUCAUGGUUCGGCCGCUGAACUGCAUCGUCGCCGUGUCCCAGAAUAUGGGCAUCGGCAAGAACGGAGACCUGCCCUGGCCUCCGCUCAGGAAUGAGUUCAAGUACUUCCAAAGAAUGACCACAACCACAACCUCCUCAGUGGAAGGUAAACAGAAUCUGGUGAUAAUGGGUAGAAAAACCUGGUUCUCCAUUCCUGAGAAGAAUCGACCUUUAAAGGACAGAAUUAAUAUAGUUCUCAGUAGAGAACUCAAAGAACCGCCACAAGGAGCUCAUUUUCUUGCUAAAAGUCUGGAUGAUGCUUUAAAACUUAUUGAACAGCCAGAGUUAGCAAAUAUAGUAGACAUGAUUUGGAUAGUCGGGGGCAGUUCUGUUUACAAGGAAGCCAUGAAUCAGCCAGGCCAUCUCAGACUCUUUGUGACACGGAUCAUGCAGGAAUUUGAAAGUGACACAUUUUUUCCAGAAAUUGAUUUGGGAAAAUAUAAACUUCUCCCAGAGUACCCGGGUGUCCUCUCUGAGAUCCAAGAGGAAAGAGGCAUCAAGUAUAAAUUUGAAGUGUAUGAAAAAAAAGACUAACAGAUGCUUUCUGCUUGGCUUCAAGUUCUACUGCUUUUCUCCUAAAAUUAUGUGUUUCAUGAGUAAUUAUUUCUUUAGGGAAGGGUAGUUGGGAGGAAGUGUUUGUUCUGUGGCUCUGGAGGUGGAACCUAUGGCCCUGUGAAUGCUGGGCAGAUGCUGUGCUGCUGAGCCAUCCUCCCCAGCCCUAUAUAAUUCCAAAUAUGUUUUCAUUACCCGUCAAUCGAACUAGGUUAUAUUAAAUAUGCUUUAAGAAAUGUCGAUUGCUGGAAAGGUCUCAAUGCCCCUCCCAUGAGGCCUCAAGUGGCUCCCCAGGAGAUGCGUAAGGUAAUGUGUAUACAAGAGACCCCAAAGGCGGAGAGCUCCUGGGAGCAUGAGCUGAUACAGGCCUCAGAGAAAGGAGCCAGACAGAUAAAUCCAAAGGGUGGAAAUAGGUUUUAAGCAGCAGAGCUGGAACUCAGACUUUAAAAGAAAAUUAGAUCAAAGUAGAGACUGAAUUAUUCUGUGCACAUCACACUCUCAGCAAAGUUCUGUUCAAGCAGACAGAAAAUCGGUAUAUUGAAAACUCCUUUGUGUUUCAUAGAGAUGGGAGCAGGUGGAAGAUUAUGUAAGGUCUGAAACAUUUAAAUUUUCUGUUUCUCAUCUUCAGUGAGAUUCCAAAGGAUAUUGCAGUGACAGAACAAGAAUAGGCUGCUUUCUACAAAAAAAAAAAGUAAUAGGCAUAAUAGCUACUGUUAAGAGCUCAGAGAUAAUAAAUUGAGAAUGAAUAUUACUUGAAAUGAAAAUUAAUAAGUUAGAAACUAAACUUUACAAAAAUGAGAAUUAAAAUGCCUUUCCUAUCAUCUCAGCAGGGUCAAAGAAAAAGUAUUUUCUGCCCUGCCUUGUAAAUUAAUAUAUUUUUUUAAGAAUAUUUUUGUGUCUUUUACUUGACAAUAUCCUAUGUGUUUACAGUGUGGAUCAUAGCAGAUCCAAAUCCCGCCCACUACUCCCUCUACCGCCUUCAUAUUUUCUUUCUCAUUAACCCACUGGAAUGGUGUAGGCCAUCCACUGAGGUAUGGGCAACCUGCUGGUGGCCACACCCGAGUGCGCAUGCGAGCACACACACAGCAGCCUUUGGCUGCCAGUAGCUCUUCAGCUGUGGGUACAGCCUGUGAGCCUCUCUUCCUUCUGUGCUGGUUUGAUCUGCAGAGACCAUAGCUGCUGUGGGCUUGUGAGUGCAAUGGCCAUGUUCUGUUUAGAAGGCAGCACUCUGUGUACAGCACUCUUUACCAUCCUUCAGACCUUACAUUCUUUCCACCACUUCUUCCUCAUUAUUUCCUGAGCCUUAGACAGGGGUGUUGGUAUGAAAAUGCACUGUCUCUUGUUUUUCCACAUUUUGAUCAGUUAUGACUCUUUGCUGACAGUUGGUUGCCACUAUCACAGUCAUGCCGCCAUAGGGCUGGUAGAGUGACACUGUAUCAUGCAGGCCACCACUAGGUGAGUCUGUUAAUGACUCUUCUCCACAGUGAUAUGCAUAGCACCUUCUGGCACUGUGGAAGCUAUCCAGUAAUGAGGAAGUUUGCAAGUCAGUUCCAGACUGAUUUCUCUAUGUCUUGAAACCAAAAUGUGUUAUGCCAUCAACAGUAGGGACCUCCCAUCCAGCUAUGGUGGGAAACCAAGAGCAAUGGCAUGGCUUCAUUUAAUAGCCAUUGUCCGCCAGUAUGUAGGGUACUUCCGUGCAGACUUUUUUCUUUGGUUAUAAUUACCUUACAAAUCAGUGGCUUGCUUUGUUUUCUUACAUAUCUUUUGGUUAACCCAUACCAUAGAUAUAAUCUUUUAAAUGUAAGCUAAUGGUCAAUUUAAAUUCACAAUAUUCUAGGUUUGAACCCAGAAAUACUACCUGAUGAUCAUGAACAAAGAGAUGAACUCAAGGAGCCAGAAAGACAGCUGAGUUAGUAAAGCAUGGAAAUCCAAGUUUCUGUUGUAUAGCAGAUCCGUCUAAGAUUAAAGCCUUCCGUCUUGGAAGGAAGCUGUUUUGACACAAGAUGUUAUAGAAGAGAUUAAACAAGAGGAUAUUUUAAGGGGAGGUGACACCGUCCAUCCUGCUGGGAAAUUCCUUAAGCUCAGAAAGUAUACAACUCAAAAGGCCUUAAGUUCUUAAAAGUGACCAGAUAUAGUAGACACUGAGGCAAGCUGAGCUGUCUAGAAGACCAGCUGAACCUCCUGGGAAAGAUAGGCCAACAGAGCUGUCUGAAGAGGCUCAGGCCUACUGAACGACCUGGAAAGGACACUCCAGUCUGUUGAGCUGUUUGUUGGUUCUGUAAUAAACUGCAGGUUUCAGAUUUCAUGAGCUGUCAUCCGUGCUGGCAUGGGCUUUUAGUGAUAAUGUCUUUGAGUCAUUUCUGCUUCUGUAAGUAACGCCAAUAAAACUCAUUGGUUCACCAAGUUAAA